UUCUUUCUUAUGUCCAAUGAAAACCGCUCCGUAUUGACGACGACUCGCGCUUUCAAAAACCCUCUCUUUUUCACCUCUCUCUCUCUCUCUCUCUCUCUCUCUCUCUCUCUCUCUCCGGCGUCGUCUUCGUCCCGCUGUUCAUCAUAAAUCUCUCUAUAUAUUGCCGUCGGCGUUUCAGAAAAACCCUUGAACCAUUUCUGACCUUUUUCGAAUACCCUUUUUACCCUCAUUGACCCUCGGUCUCUCUCCUCUGUUUUUGGUAUCCUUUUUCUCUGUUUAGGUGAUACAGAAAGAUGCUUCCAUGAAAUUGAAUCUGGUCAGUGAGUCAGUCGGUCUAUGCCCGCCAUGAGUGACUCCAACAGCGUCUCUCCUUCCUCCGAUUAUGCCUCCAUCUCCUCCGGCGAUCAGUCAUAUCCUUUUGAAGAUGCAGAAUGUAGAGAGGAGUCGAAGGAGUGGAGAUGGCAAUCGAACCCUAGUUCGAGAGUCCCGGCACUGGCACGAUGUAUUCUGGUCGGCAAUUUUUGUGAUUCAUAUGAUUUGCUUGGGAUUCGUCCUUGUGGUGCUUGGACUCAAUAGGUUUAGAAAAUCAGAUCGGUUAAACAUAGACAGAUAUACCCAAGGAUUCUUGGAGAAUCGUAAAGGACUUACCGAGAAUUACUGGCCCUUAUAUGCCGUUGCUGGUGGAAUCGGGACGUUUAUCGGCUGGACAUGGUCAUUGCUGCUCGGUUCUUAUGCUAGUGAGAUGAUGAAAGUCUCGGUUCACAUCUUAACAACUUAUUUAGCUGUAGUUAGUGUACUAUGUUUCUGGUGCAAACAGUUCUUCUGGGGCGGUGCAUUCGCCAUUGGAGCUGUUCUUCAGUUCUUGUAUGUAAUAUCGGUUAUAGACAGGCUUCCAUUUACGAUGCUGGUGCUGCAAAAGGCGGUGAAAUUGGUCUGGAGCCUACCGAAAGUAAUGGUGGUGGCUCAUGGUUUCAUGGUGAUAAUGCUUCUAUGGAUGGGUCUAUGGUCUUUUGGAGCGGCUGGUGUCGUGGCCUCGAGCAUGGGGGACGGUGGACGAUGGUGGCUUCUUGUGGUUCUUUCCGUAAGCUUGUUCUGGACAGGCGCUGUCCUGUGUAACACUGUACAUGUUAUAGUGUCCGGAAUGGUGUUUCUGGUUCUUUUUCAUGGUGGGCGAGAAGAAGCUUCGUCUUUGCCUCCAAACUCUUUAAUGGAGUCCCUGAGAUAUGCAGUGACAACGUCUUUUGGGAGCAUAUGUUAUGGAUCCCUCUUCACUGCCGCCAUCCGAACGCUUCGCUGGGAGAUAAGAGGAUUCCGCUCAAAGAUUGGCGGAAACGAAUGCCUUCUUUGCUGCGUGGACUUCCUGUUUCAAUUAGUCGAAACACUUGUUCGGUUUUUCAACAAGUAUGCCUACGUCCAGAUAGCGGUGUACGGAAAAGGGUUCAACCGGUCAGCUAGGGACGCGUGGGAGUUGUUCCAGUCGACGGGGGUGGAGUCGCUUGUGGCCUACGACUGCUCGGGAGCCGUCCUCUUGAUGGGAACCAUCUUCGGAGGGCUCGUAACGGGUACUUGCGUAGGCGUGUGGGCUUGGAUCAGGUUCAGCGACAGAGUCAUCAUGGUUGGUUCUACUGCCAUGUUGAUGGGAAUGGUCCUGGUGGGGCUGGCAAUGGUGGUGGUGGAGAGUGCAGUGACGUCAAUAUACAUAUGUUUCGGGGAAGACCCUUUGUUGAUUCAGAGAUGGGACGCCGAUUUCUUCAACCACUUGUCCGAAAUGCUCCACCGCCGUCUCCAGCACCGCAGCUCCCGCCAUGUCCUGACCGCCCCCGCUUGAUCCGUAUUCCUUCUUCUCUUCCAUACGUUAGUUUGUUUCUAUUCUCUGUCCGAAAACUGUAAAGAACAAAAAGAUUCCUCUGAAAUGUACUUUCUUUUUUCCGCUGAAGCGAAUAUUGCAUCUUCUUCAAUCAAACCCUUUUUUUUUC